CAUCUGAUUGGUGGAUACUGCCCGUAGGUGCGUCUCCGUCCUCAAAGGAUUUUCCCUGGAGUGGCCAGACGGGCUGGGGGACACAGGAUGGCAGAGCUAAUAGGAGUAUCUAACGGGACAUGCGGACGGGCUGAUUUCUUCUAAUAUUUCAAGUGCUGUCUGUGCGUUGGUGUGAGGCCUCACCAUGCCGCUGGUGAAGAGGAACAUCGAGCCGCGCCACCUCUGCCGAGGGGCGCUCCCUGAGGGCAUCGGCAGCGAGCUGGAGUGUGUGAUGAACAACACGCUUUCAGCCAUCAUCCGUCAGCUCAGCAGCCUGAGCAAACAUGCGGAGGACAUAUUUGGCGAGCUGUUUAAUGAGGCCAACACCUUCUACCUGCGUGCCAACUCUCUCCAGGAUCGCAUUGACCGGCUGGCCGUCAAGGUCACACAGCUGGACUCCACUGUGGAGGAAGUUUCCCUCCAAGAUAUCAACAUGAGGAAGGCCUUCAAGAGCUCUACCACUCAGGACCAGCAGGUGGUGUCCAAGAGCAGCGUUCCCAAUCCUGUCAGAGAGAUGUACAACCUGAGUGACAAGCCUCCACCUCUCAACAUCCUAACACAUUACAGGGAUGACCACAAGGAGGCACUUAAGUUCUACACAGACCCCUCCUACUUCUUCGACCUGUGGAAAGAAAAGAUGCUGCAGGACACUGAGGACAAGAGGAAGGAGAAGAGAAAGCAAAAGGAGCAGAGGCGCUGUGUGGAUGGGACGCUACAGAGGGAGGUUAAGAAGGUCCGCAAAGCGAGGAACCGUCGUCAGGAGUGGAAUAUGAUGGCUUUGGAUAAGGAGCUGAGGCCAGAUCAUCGACACACCAUACACCGAGACAGAGGGGCUUCCUCUGAGGGCUCGAUGUCACCAGAGAACAGGGGACAUGGGCCAGAUCAGCACCACUACCCCAACAGUAUGAACCAUGCUGGCCACGCUCACACCUAUUCUGGCCCGCCACCCAGCGCGCUGGCUGCCCAGAUGGCUGCUGGACAUGCUCCACGUGGAGGAGGUGAACAUGACAACAGAGGCAGGACCAUGAUAGCCUAUCAGGGUGGGACACUGGGCCGCUCUCACCACCACCACCACCAAGUUCCACUGCCUCCUCCACCCACCGAGGUUAUGAACGGGGGCUCUAUGUCUCUCCCACCAGUGGACUACAGUAUGGACGGCUAUGCCAACACUGGUCCUCCUCCCCCCCCUCCUGCUCCUGUCAUCCCUUCUGCUCAGACGGCCUUUGCCUCACCUCCUGGAGGUCCAAUGCCUCCCGGACCAAUGGCUGGUGCUGCCGGUUAUGCUCCACCCCCACCACCUGUAUCUGGAGCCCAGGCUGCUCCACCUCCUCCUGGUCCUCCACCUCCUCCGCUUCCAGCUGGUGCCUCCCACUCCACAACCCAUAAGAUGUCCUCCACCGCAUCCGCUGAGACCACAGCGGUCAAUGACGCCCGCAGCGAUCUGCUGGCUGCUAUACGUAUGGGCAUCCAGCUGAAGAAAGUACAAGAGCAGCAGGAGCAGCAGGCUAAGAGAGAGCCAGUUGGAAACGACGUGGCCACCAUCCUGUCGCGACGCAUCGCUGUGGAAUACUCCGAUUCGGAGGACGACUCAGAGUUGGAGGAGAACGAUUGGUCGGAUUAACACACACAAACUAUAGGCAUACAUACUCACAAAAAGACACACAGUCAUUCGACCUCACAGUCACCUGAAAGAAUGCCCACUGUUCCACAUUCACGGGUCAUCACAGACUUUGUUGCUGGAAACACACACAUUACACCUACACACAGUCACUUGCUGUGGGUUGAUAUAAGCUUAAUGGUCCAAUACUGGAAGUCUGGGGUUGUAUUCAGAAUGCAUAAACACUGUAAAGAGACUAGUAAUAUAAACUAAUGCUGACCACUCUGUGAAACAUUAACACGGAGACCGAUGACUAUAUUUCAAAGCAUUGUGAAUACACCCCAAUGGAUGUCUCUCUACCUGUUAUUACACUAUAGACACCAUGUGAAGGUGCUUAUUUUCAACACGUUCUCAUUCCAGGGCGUCAAAUAUGGCCAUCCUGUCAGGUGGCACCAGUGUCACACACAUGUUAAUUCUUGUUUCUUCAGUUCUACAACAACUGAUUUAAACCCUACUGGCAUUGUCCCCUUGCAGGUGAUGCUCAGGGUCACUGACCCACUUUUAAUCAUGUGAGUUGUCACAUGAGCCAAGGUGUGAAAAAAGGCACGGGUCAUUGCAGUCACAUGACUACUGUGCUGUCAUGUCUCCAACUGUCCAUAUUUGCAGCAGUGUAUAAUCAAGGCUUAUGCUUGCUUUAUCCUUUAUGGGGGUAGUGCGAAGGCAGUCGGCACGCAGUCACGGACUGCUCGUCUACCUGCACAGAGUGUGUGUUGUCCAUGCAGGCAGUGUCAAAAAUAUGUGAUAAAACCGGUCUGUGGGCUACUCUCACUUGUGCUGUUGUUGGUCUGUCAGCCAGCCGUGGAGAAAAGUUAUUAAACACAAAGAGCCGAAGUGGAACCGAGUGUUGAAAACAAUGAAUAGUGUCCACUGCAGCCACUUGAUGUGUUUUUCACGCUGUAAUUUUUUUUUAUCUUUAAUGUUUGUUUCAUGCUCCUCCGGUUGUCAGUGAACUCCACUGACGCUCUCGUCCUCAUUCCACUUCUCAACCAAUCAGCACACAUACGUCGGUGCGUACGUCAUCUGCGUCCAGCGAUGUGCAGUUGGGAUUUUGGAGGACAGCGCUGGGGUGCGUUUUCAGUGGAUGAAACCCUUCUGUGUUUCCGUCCAGAUGGAAACGUGUAUGCACACAGACACAUCUGCGGGACCAUAAAUUACGCUUUUAGCUCUGGGCACACCUAUAACAGUCCCCUCUGCAGUCCUCAUUAAAGAGUUGGAGGGGGUGGUCCUUCAACUAGAAGACCACGGUGCACGUCUUCUUUGAAAGCUUCAUGAUCUGAACUUGUUCACUUUUCCUUUACUUUUUAAUUCUCAUUUUCACUACCUGCUCGGUUCAGUUCAGGUGCUACAAAGUACUUGAUUAUGUCAAAAAAAAAAACAGCCCUUCACAACAUGAAUCCUGCAUGAAUGCUGAUUACUCCACGUGUUUAAAUGUGAUGCCGAGACAUCUUUUAUUAGCACAUUACAACACAGAUGCCGCCCUGUGCGUGUCUGUGAGGCCCAGCGGCUUGGACAAACAGGAGUAUUUAACAUCCUGGGAAUGAGAACAGGUUGUUAUUUUAUGUAUAGUCAAAGCUUGAGAGUAUUAGAAUUAUUAGAAACUUUCCUCUUGAGCUAACCAAUGUACUUUUUUUAAAAAACUGUUUUUACUGAAACACUUAUGCUGUAGAUCAGGAGGCGAGAUUUUAAUGUGUAGACAAUAACUGGAAUUAAUGGAGGAGCUCAGUGCUGGCUGCAGAACAGAUGACUGGGAAGCGCAUCGGAAAUACUUUGGAGAUGGAUGGAUGAGAGUCUUACUGAUGAAAGUAUGACAUGCGAUUGAACCGCCUGCUGUCACUCACUGCUGUCAGGGAGGGGUA